AUGGCUGUUCCUUACCAGUGUCUAAUUGCUAGAAACUCAUCUGCUGCAGCACCGGCUCAAUGGACUCUCUUUGGCGCCAGUGGUCCAACUUUGGUAGUGCAGUCUAGCACAGGCACAAUUUCGUCUUGGCCAGAGCAAACUACUACAACGACAGAUGAUCACCAGAAUGAUGGUGACCAAGAACGGCCUGGAAAGCGAAUCAAGCUUGAACAUCAAAAGGAGCAAAAGUCAAAUUUUGCCAGCCUGAUACUGUCUCAUGACGGACAAUAUCUUGUCGGCAUUACUGGUGAAGAUAAGAUGAUAAGAGUCUUCAACAUCGAUGCCCAAAAUCAACUGCAUCAAUUGAGCGAAAGAUGCAUGUCGAGACGGCCAUGUUCUAUCGUCCUCACAUCUGACGACUCGACCAUCCUAUGCGCAGACAAGUUUGGAGAUGUCUAUGCGCUCCCACUCAUUCAUUCACCCGAUGAUGAGCUGCCCGAGACACUAGCUAGUGAGCAGCUACCGCAAAAGGAAAAGGACUUUGCACCUUCCGCCACCACCCUCACUGUUCAUUCUGGGAGGAACAGAAAAACACUAGAAGAGCAGCUCAAACAGAAAGCAAAAGGAAUCGUAAAAUCCAAAGAACCCAUGCGAUUCAAGCACGAGCUGCUCUUGGGACACGUCUCCAUGCUCACAGAUAUCAUCUACACUCAAGUUGAUGGUCGAAAGUACAUCAUUACAGCAGAUCGGGACGAGCAUAUCCGUAUCUCGAGAGGCCAGCCGCAAGCACACAUAAUCGAAGGAUUCUGUUUUGGACACGAGGCCUUCGUCAGCAAACUGUGUCUCACUGCGUCAGGAAAACUAGUUUCGGGUGGUGGUGACGACGAGCUGUUCGUGUGGGAUUGGCAGAAUUACCGACUUUUGGAGAAACUUCCCAUCCGUACUCUCGUCUUGGACCAUCUCAGAAGCCGUCCAGAGCUAGCUGUAAUACCUCAAGACGACGCUAGCUUCAAAGUCGCAGUUUCUGGCAUCUGGAAUGUACCGGACAGCAGCACAGACAUACUGGUAGCAUGUGAAGGCAUACCAGCGCUAUUCGGCUUCAAUAUUGAGCGUCCGGCAUCUGGGCACGCGAUAGCACUGGAUGGUAACGCAUUGGCCGUGUCUUUCCUACAGCUAUCCCAAACAUCAUACACCACUGUCGUCUCUAUCGACAACAUCCAAAAACCGGGGUCAACAACAGAACCACGUGAUGACAAGGUAUCUCGACUGCAGUACUUUGCAAGGGCGUUAGAUGGUUGCUGGCAGGAGAAUGCGGAAGCGUCGUUGUCUUUGGCCUCGUUCGAACGAGGAUGCGGCGAUGCGCCCAGCUCCACUGACACACAGGCGAUACAGAGUAUGCUAUAUAGUGUAGAGAACCUCAGAAAGCGACCAGGCUCGGAGGACUAG